UGUGGAAUAAAAUCAAAUUAUUUUUUUUAAAUAAUUAUUAAUGACGUCAGCGGAACGUGUUAACCUUUAUCAUAAUUUACCUAAUGCGGUAUAUACCGGUACCUGCAAAAGUCAUACUGUUUUGCGGAAAAUUAACGCUCUGAGUUUUGCGCAAAUGUCACCACUGUGUUUAGUGUUAUAUUUCUCAGUGAGAAAAGCAAUACUGUUAAACCAAACGGGUUGACAAAGUCAAUAUUUGUCCACCGUAUACACUCAGCAUUAGGUGUCAUGAUACUCUUUAAUGUUAAAUACAUUUUUAUUCCUAGAGCAGACUAUUAAAUACAUUAGCAAAUUAUUUUACCCGAUAAAUCAUGGCGACGCAUUUAAUAUCACUGUAAAGGCAAAAUAUUAAUGCUUUCGGACAAUAGGGAAUACCACCGCCUAUUAAUAUGUACAGGAGUGGAAUAUUUGCAUCUCAAACGGAUUAGAAAUUAUUCCGGGAGUGGCGAUACCACGUUAACUCCAUCAAGAUACUAUGUGAUGAUGUUGACUAGUUUCCCAACGUCUUUAAUUAGUAAGAGCUGUUUUCACUGGACUGACUCUCGCGAGAUUCUCAUCAGUAUUACUUUCAACCAAUCAGUGAAGAAGGAUGGACUAAACGAAACUGCCUACAUCAUAUUGUAUACAUGAAACUUGAUAAUUAUUCUGGAUGAUUGAGGAUGUUUUCUUAUGGUCGGAUAGUUAAAAUAAGACUUUCUUCGGUAUUUGUUGGAUUUGUUUUCAAGAUCGGGUGAUAUUAUUUAUUAAAGAAAAAUACAUUAGAAUUGCAUCGACAUGAAAACAUAUACAUUUUUGAUAGUGGCUCUUACAAUCAACUUCACUGUCAUAAAAAUAAAAUGUUCAGAUGUAAAUGAUUCAACAAAAGCCAAACGUUUAUUGCAUCAAACUCUCCAGUCUCUUCAGGCGAAUCUGGAAUUUUUGAAUAGUGAGAAAGAACAUGUGAAUUUGGACGCCAUUAUUGGGACUAGGAUGGUGGAUGGUACUCUGAAAGUCCUUCUGUACCACAUUGAUCAUGAUCUUGAAUCAUGGCCAAUAGAUGGCGCUACACUCCAAGUUAUCCGGCAACUUCAAGCUCUGGCAAAAGAUAUUAGCAACACAGCUCAAGCAUAUGUCGAGGCAUCUGACCCUGUAUAUUAUAAACGACUAGGAAUGCUUUUACAUGAAGAUUUUUGGACAUUGGACUUUGCAAGCAAGGAUUUCUCUCCAGAGGAUUUCUACAAUGCAUGGAUACCGAAGAAAGGGGAGGCAAUGCGAGAAGAAGAAUCAGAUAACUGCAUUACUGAAAUACUGGGAACUGGACCAAAUACUAAGGCAAAAUGUCACAUAUCAUCUGAGUGUUGGAGAAAGAUGACACAGAUGGGAUACAAUGGUUACUCACUAACACACGAAACCUUCUAUCUGAUGAUAGGCUAUCAGAUGGGAUGUCAGGAAGAAAUGAACCAACAACGAAUGCUUUUAAAUCAACCACCGCCAGCAGAUUUGGCGAAAAACUUUUGUGCCGCAACGUACUUGGAGGCCUUACAAAUAGAAAAGAAGAACUUUCCGGAACUAAGGAGAGACUUAUUUAUGGAGCAAGCGGCCUUAUGUGGAUCUAUGGGUUAUCGAUGGUUUUUCUCCCCAGAAUGGCUGGAGACCAUCAUCAGCUGGCAAGACAAACAAACAGGCUGCUACAAGGGGAAAACUAUUCGUGAAAGUGAUGUCGAUAUGCGACCAAGUGCUGGGACAUCUUCAAACUUGCGAGUGAAACGAGAAGAGCGCGUUCUUGCAAACGGAUGUUUGAGUCAUACAACUGCUGUGGCGGCCGGUGCCUUAGCAAUGUAUGUGAGAUAUAUAGCUGAAUACCAACAGAUGGUCUUCGAACAAAACCAGAUAUUCAGUUGAAGGAAUUCUUGUAUUACUGAUUCCUGAUGAUGAUUCUUGCAAUUUACAAUUCAUGCACAUUUGAGAACUCAGAACGAGACAAAUUUAAACAUUUUAGUAUCAACCAUAAAAUAGACGAAAGAGAUGAUAUAUAAUUUCUGUUUACUUUCAAGGCUGUAUACUUAACUAUAUAUGGAAUAAUACUGAAGAUGAAAAUGUUUGUGUCGAUCAAUAUUUUAAAUGUUAAAGAAAUGGAAACAAUACUACCAAUAAAUUUUGUACUUAACCUAAAAGGAAAUAAAUACCGUUUUUUUAUCAUACAAUUUCUAAAUGAAAAUUGACAGUUUUAAGUGCAAACAGUAAAGGCUUCACAAAUAAAAAGAGAAUACUGUGGAGAGAUAAUGUAAAACAUUUGAAGUAAUCAACAUGCAAUUUUUCUGUAUGUUUAAUUAACAAACGUUUCAAUGAUCGGCUUCGUUACCACCCACGGGCUUAUCGCAAUAUCACUAGCAUUGUGCUGUUGUUUCAUUUUUUGCUUUGUUUAUCUUCUGAUUUAAGUUUUAUUUAGGUUAUAUUUUUGCCUGUUGUUCUUUUAUUACCUACAAAUUUCAACAAUUGAUGACGUUUUACACAUCGCUUUUACGACGAUAACAUUCAUCAUGGCUUUCAUGACAUUACUACAGUAAGAUGAUAUUAAGGUAGCAUCUGAUAGAAAUGUUGAACAAUCCGUUAAAACAAAUAAAACAUUGGUCAUGCCACUCGAAUGAGUAAGAAAAUAUAACUAUAUUAGAAAUUCUUUAAAACUGUGCAAGAAUGUUCAGAGAGCUGUGACAAUUUAUAUUGGAUUAAUACUGCACGGAAUCUGCUAGCAUAAGCGAAUGAAAAAACUCUUAUCUAAUCGCAUGUUGUAAAUGUAAAUUAAGCUGACGCCUUAAUUGACAUUGUAUUUAAUGUUAUAACUUUUAACAAAAAGAAGUGAUUAUUCAUUUAAUUGUUUCGAUAAUAUUUUCUUUGAAAUUAUUUCUUUGGGUAAUUUUAGGUAAACAUCAGCAAAACGUUUAGAGCAAGAUGAGAGUGCACUUGACAAUAAGGAAAUUUUUGAAAUUAGCAACCAAUAAGAUGAUGAAAAUGCUGAUGUUGAUCAUUGUAAUAGUACUAACAGUAAAGGUGACUGUGAUUAUUGCCAGCAUUAUCACACGACUGGCAGUUUAACAAGUGCAUGAUUGCAAACAGGUGUUGAAUUCAAGUUGAAUAUCAGAUAUGUCAAAAUUCACACUUUGCUCUCCGAAUAUGAACACGUGUCGCAGAAAACAAUAGCAGUUAGACACUAGGUAGUCAAGUAUCUUUUUUCUCGAUGUAAUGUGUACUACAAUUUGAAAACGCGUGCUUCGAAACGGCAGAAAUGUACCCAAAUUACACUUAAGGACUGAAAACGCCUCGUCCGUAUAUAAAAUAAUUUCAUUCUUGCAACUUGUAUUCAGACAUUUUAAUAUUUCAUUUAUUAUCAUUCUUUUAAUCAGAUUAAAUACGGUGGUUUCUUUUGUGAUAUUUGACCUUUGUCACAUGUGCACGCGUAGCUCGUGCUGCAAUUCAUGGCAAACGAAAUUCGCUUUUACAAACAUUAAAUGUUAAUAUAUGUUGGAGCCAUAAUUAACUUGUGAACAACAUUUUCCUAAAUGUCCCGACAAUGAAUUUAAGGAAUAUUCAUUUAAAUCAGUAUUGACUUUAAUUUUUCUCAAAAGAACACUUCGUCAACCCUUUAAGCGCCAUCCAGUUAUGAGACAGCUACGACUGUAGUGUUUACAUUUGAGACCAGACCAAAACGUGAACGUUUUAGAUUACGUCAACGUCUUAAAGCUUAACCUUUUAUCAUUUGAAUAUCUGGCCAGUUAAUACAUGUUUUAAAUUAAAUGAUGAAAUGGAUAUCCGAUCUCUAAAGCUUCUUGUUUAAGUUUCUUGUUUAAGAUGGGUAGUCGACGAAAUUCCCCAACUGGAAUGGAUUGAAUAACUUAUUUCCAGCCGAGCCCACGGCAGGCGUCAUAUUUACCUCCCCAGCGUAAGGUCUAGGCCGAUAUUGCUGGAAACAGUACCAAUUAAGUAUAUCACCCAGCAAUGAAUACUAGUCGGGAUAUCAGCCGCGACCGGGAAUCGAACCCGGACUGCUGGCGUUGAAGUCCAAACUGCUUACCACUGCGCCACUGUCUCCACUGAUCUCUAUAUAUCCGAAAAAACACUAGUUGGAAUACAAGCUUCAUAGAUGGCAGUCACGCUUCGUUGAACACAGAAAAUAAAACCUUUUGUUUAUAACGCACAUUUUAUGAAUAUAUGCAUAACGAAUUUCUUCUUGGAACACUUUUCUAAAUAUAUAAAGUGGGCGUUUUUAAAAGUCUACCGUAUUUAAAUUUGUGCGAAAUUCGUUUAAUAUUACGUGAGUUUCUUCAAAGUCUAGUUGACUUUUGUUGUCACUUGAUGGCUUUAGAGUAUUUGCAAAACCAAACUGCUUUGGAUCAAAUAAUGAGAAAUAUGAUUAAAGCUUGAACGUGUUUAUUUUCCUGUUCAUUCACCAAAAUCUUGACAAUUCAAUUAAGGCUCUUUGCACACCACAUAUCAUUUUCUUUGGCAAUCGUUAUUAUAAGGUUACAUACAGAUGAGGUUGCCAUAAAACUUAAGCAUAGUGAGAAACCAGCAAUGAACAUCUAUGCUAGUUGAAUAUAUAUCAUUUUACUUUAGUUUUCAAUUUACUUCUGCAGAUGAAACCCUAAACAUUUACACUUAGACAGAUCUGUUAUAUAGACACUGACAAAUAGUUUGCGUCGAUACAGAAUGUAGACUACAACCGAUCUCCUUUACAAAGCAAUUUACCGUAGUGAAGGCGUCUUAAGGUAGUUUUCCUCAAAUAACCCAAAAUAUAUCAAUUAUUUGAUCACGGCCAUUUUCAUAAUCAAAUCUGACCAAAUUGAGCAAAAUAUUGUUGUUCAUUUGCUCAAGUGAUAUGUAAAAUUUUCUCAAACGAGGUGAUAAAGAAAUAUCAAAUGCAAAAUCUAAUACGAAACUACACUGAGAAAUGAAAAAACAUAUUUAUUUAACAUGUUAAAUAUUUGGAUCUAGCUUGGAAAUGUGCCAGCUUCUAAAACAAUUCCAAAUAAUUCGAAAUAUUGCAAAUUUUAUUUCUGAAUUAAAAGUUUAAAACAUU